AUGGUAACUGAAGAUCGGGAGAGGAGAAUAGAAUCUCGCAUUAGGGGUGCUGGUAGACGAGUUAAAGUGGAAGAUUUUGUCAUUGGAGAUUCUUUGCCUGAUAUUGGCUCUUCUGAAUCACAAAUUACAAAGAAUGAUCGUUUGUUAUCCCCUGCACAGAUCACAGCUGGUGGUCGCAACAAACGCUUGAUCAAACAAGAGUCAAGAUCAAAAGAGCUCAAAAAAGUGGAACAAAUGUCUCCUUUGCAUAUUCUCCAGCAAGUUUCUGAAGAAGUGACUCCAGAUAUAAGAACACCAAAUGAUGCAAACACAGGACAAUCUUCACCCUUAGAGGAUGUUAUUCCUCCUACCAAAAGUAGCCAAAAAACCAAGCCCCAGGUCUCAGCUACCAAGAAAAGACAGAGAAAGUCCAGUUUAUCGAAUUCAAAGUCGACAAUUGAUCUUUUACAGCUUAUUUGUUCAAGAUUUCUCCAAGCUUAUCCAACCAAUGCACAUAUUGAACGACUUGCCCUAUCAAAGUUUGGAAAUUUAACGAAUGCACAAUUCUCUUUAAUAGCAGAUCUCAAUAAAACAAGAACAUCGUUAUCCAAGAAAGUGUCUCAAGUACACCAAUCGAAACAAAACACAAGAAAAAAACUAUUGGAACUUAGACAUCAACAUUCCCUGCUAAGGCAACAAAUAGAAAAGAAAAGAGCCGACUUCAAAUCUCACAAAAAGACAUUCAAUGACGCCAUGAAUGUUGAAUCACAAUUAAGAGAGGUGGGCAACUCAUUGACUGACCCAACCCACUGGAAGCCAGCUCGCAAGACAGCCGGACAAUGGGAGCAUGUUAUGGGGAGAAUUUCCAAGGUGCAAAAGAUAAUGGACAGUGAUUCCGGCCUGGUGCAGAAACUACGGCGUUUGAACGGAAAAUUGGAACGUAUAUAA